AUGUGUGAGCCCUUCGUGGGAGCCUGGACGCUGGUCUCCAGCGAGAAUUUCGACGCGUACAUGAAGGAGUUGGGCGUGGAUCUGGCCACCAGGCGGCUGGGUGGGUCAGCAAAACCCACUGUUCAUAUCAGCUGCAAUGGGGACGUGAUCACCAUCGAGACCAAAAGCACUGCCGCCAGCAGCACCAUCUCCUUCCGGUUGGGCCAGCCAUUUGACGAGACCACAGCCGAUAACAGGAAAGUCAAGAGCCUCAUCACCCUGGAGGGCGGAGCCCUGGUCCACACGCAGAAAUGGGAUGACAAAGAGACCACCAUAAGACGACAAGUCGUGGGGGAAACCCUGAGAGUGGUGUGCACCAUGAACACUGUGGUCAGCACCAGGAUCUACAAGAGGGCUUGA